GUUAACCUGAUACAUUGACCGAGAGGAGGAUUCAGGGAAGAGUUCUAAUCGCGGCCACAGCCUCCGCCAAACCAAGCGGCAAGCAAGACUCCGUCCCAGCACACGUCGAUGCGAAUUUGACUCAUUUCAAAUCAAUUACGAUUUACGAUUGCCCUUAUUGCAACAGCUUGGGUCUCUCAACUUUCAUUCGAGCCGAACAUUUAACAUAGUAAAGUUGUCAAGCUGCAAGUCGAGAAACAAACGAGCUCUCUGUCAACCAGGAAGUCGGCAGCAGGCCAAUCAAUAAACCACCAUGGAUGAAUUGAACUUGUUUAAACAAAUUAACUCCGUGUCCUACUUUUUGCUGGACUCUUCCUCGGGCUGCAAUUCGCCUAUUAGCCUAAUGGACGUUGCUUGCACCACCUCCCCACCAGACACCAUUAUAAAGGUGAAGGCACGACGGGUGAUCAAACGGCCACGAUAAGUAAUUCGAACGGAGCCAAGAUCGUAGAAAAUGUUGGCACGGCUUUCUUUCUUGUUGGUCGCCGCGGGGGCCGCCGUCGCCGCUCCCAUAUCGCAGGCAGCAAUCACCGGGACCAAAUACUUUUUCGUAUUCGGCGAUUCCUACACCUCGAGCGGCUUCAACAUCAACGGGGCUAAGCCGUCGGCGUCUAACCCCAUGGGCAACCCGCCGCUGCCCGGCAACACGCAGAGCGGGGGACUCACCUGGGCGGGCUUCCUGGCAAGCCAACUCAACACGUCGCUGACGCUCACGUUCAACUUCGCCGUGGCAGGCGCGACAGUCGACAACUCGAUCGUGCAGGCGUACAUGUCCAGCGUUCCCAGCAUCGCCGACCAGGUCAAAACGUGGACGUCAAACCUGCAGUCUAAGCCGUCGUACGCCCCCUGGACGGCUGAGAAUGCCCUCUUUGGCGUCUUCAUUGGCGUCAACGACGUCGGCAACUCGUUCACGCAGUCGGGCGAGGCGGCUCGUCUGAACAAGGACCUGGACCGGUAUUUCAGUCUGUUGGGCACGCUCUACGCAGGCGGCGCCAGGAACUUUGCGCUACUCAGCAUCCCUCCCACCAACAAGACGCCGCAGAUGAAAUCCAACGCCAAGGUCGCCGACCUGGUGACGGCGAUCGUGCAGUGGAACGACGAGCUGCCGACACGCGUCGCGGCGUUCAAGACGGCGAGCCCGGAGGCGAACUUCACCAUAGUCGACACCAGCCCCCCGUGGGAGACGGCGCUGGCCAACCCAAAGGCAUACGGGGCGCCCGAUGCGACGUGCACAAACUCCAACGGCAAGUCAUGUCUGUGGUUCAACAGCUAUCACCCGGGCGUUGCAAUCCAGAAGCUAGUGGCGCAGGCCGUGGCCACCGCGUUCAAUGGGACGUUUUUCUAAUUGGGGGGAAUGGAUUCAGUCUGAUGAGUGGGAAAUGUAACUUCAGAAUCCAGAUCGAAUUGAAUCAAG